ACUCCCACUCUGCAUUCUUCCUCCCGCUCUCCCCUCUCUUUCCUUUUUCUCUCCUCCAUCAAACUUCCCAUUCCCAUCUCCACCAUCGCAUGAUCCCCCCCCACUCUAAACCUUUUUACAAUCUCACCCUAAAAGUUGAAAUCAAAAUUCAUCAUCAAUUCUGAUCCCCCAUACCCGCCAAGAUGUCCCGCCGGACUCUCCCGAUCCUCAACCAUCUCCUCUCCACCAGGUUCUCCAUCGCCUCCCGAUCCGUCACCUACAUGCCCCGCCCCGGUGAUGGCGCCCCACGCCCCGUCACUCUCAUUCCUGGAGACGGCAUCGGUCCACUUGUCACCGGCGCCGUCGAACAAGUCAUGGAAGCGAUGCACGCCCCCGUUUAUUUCGAGAAGUACGAUGUACAUGGUGAUAUGAAAGCCAUCCCUCCCGAGGUGAUCGAAUCCAUUAAGAAGAAUAAGGUUUGUCUCAAGGGAGGACUCAGAACCCCUGUUGGCGGAGGCGUCAGCUCCCUCAAUAUGUUAUUAAGGAAGGAGCUCGAUCUCUAUGCCUCCCUCGUCCAUUGUUUUAAUCUGCAGGGCCUUCCCACCAGGCACGACAAUGUCGAUAUCGUUGUGAUUCGGGAGAAUACCGAGGGCGAGUACUCUGGUCUGGAGCACGAGGUUGUUCCUGGAGUAGUCGAAAGCCUUAAGGUGAUAACAAAGUUUUGCUCAGAACGAAUUGCAAAAUAUGCCUUUGAGUAUGCCUAUCUCAACAACCGGAAGAAAGUGACUGCGGUGCAUAAAGCCAAUAUUAUGAAACUUGCUGAUGGUCUAUUUUUAGAAUCUUGUCGUGAAGUUGCUAGCAAGUAUCCCAGUAUCCAGUACAAUGAGAUGAUUGUGGAUAACUGCUCGAUGCAACUUGUUUCCAAGCCAGAGCAAUUUGAUGUGAUGGUUACUCCUAAUCUCUAUGGGAAUCUGGUUGCAAAUACAGCUGCUGGUAUUGCUGGGGGUACUGGUGUCAUGCCUGGAGGAAAUGUGGGGGCUGAUCAUGCUAUUUUUGAGCAAGGUGUAGUGGAGCAAAAGAAGGCAAAUCCAGUGGCGUUGCUUCUUUCAUCCGCUAUGAUGCUGAGACACCUGCAGUUUCCUUCAUUUGCUGAUCGACUAGAGAUUGCCGUGAAGCGUGUAAUAUCGGAAGGUAAAUGUCCGACCAAAGAUCUUGGUGGAGGCAGUAGCACACAAGAAGUUGUGGAUGCUGUCAUUGCCUAUUUGGAUUGAAUUCUUUCCAGUGCUUCCUAGUGUAGAACUAGGUGCUCGCCCAAUUUCCUCAGCUAUUUAAUGGUCUUGCUAGCAAAAUUUUACACCUCAUUUUUGUAAUGAUUUUCAUUUGACAUUCGACACUUCAGUUGCUCAGAGAAUUCACACUCAAGUCAAAUAAUGAUUUAGGGAUCUUCUUACUUGGAACACACAAGAAUAAGAAUUCAGAAGAAAAUGAAAAUUCUUCAAUA